AUGUCUACUGAAAAAAAAAUUACGUCGUGGAGUGCAUACUUUGAUGUAACAUCGCCAGAAAAAUAUAGCUUCCUAGGUUAUUAUGAAUACCGGUCAAAACAAGAAGACUUUAUUUCUUUCAGAAAGGAGUGUCACAGAUUGAAAACAGAUCUCGCUAACCUAAUGAAGAAUAGCUCGGGUGAAAUGAAGGAGGUCGCCAGUCGGCUGGAAAAAAGUCGUAAGUACUGCAUGUUGGGUUGUAAUAAUGCUUCUUGCAGGAAGGAAUCUACACAACUAAGGGUGACACUUUCGCGCUGUCCACCUUAUCGUCUUCGUGCCUGUUGUGGACAUCGUAAAUAUUAUAAAGACGUUGACAUGUUCUGGAAUCAAAUUGAGAGACGCCAAGCUGAGGCCGAGGCCUCUAGCUCAGUUAUACGAGAUACUACUGAAGCAUUCAAAAAUUCCAUUGCAAGUGUCAAUUCCUCCAUCAUGAACGUUAAUAACACAAUGAUCAAAUAUAAUGAAGAACUUAAGGGUGAUAAGA